GGUCUCUGUAUCAAAGAUGGCGUCUCUCCCCACUAAACCUUCUGCUUUAUUUUGUCGCUAACACUUUCACAUUCGCCAGUCUGCUCCGCGAUGGCUUUGAAAACGCCAUGGCUGUGUAACGGAGUGUAACGUCAGGCUCGCCUUCGAACGUCAGGCAACGCGUCGCCGUUUCUGCGAACCGGGAGGACUUCUUGAUGUGUUUUCAAUAUUUUUGACGUGUUGUUGUUCCAAUCCAAACACGAAAGGACAAUGAUGGUCGCGAUGACAGCGAUGUUGGUGUCGGUCGCCGAACUGUCCAACAUUUUCUCAGUGUUUGUCGUGCUCGUAUGUCUGUGCGGGAUGGUUUUGUUCAUAAUGAGGAAUAUGAUGGUGUUCCGUGUUCACGGCGAAGACAUGAUGUUUGGAAGCACUGUCCAUCCGGUGGCCCCAAGAAUACCUCAAGUGAAGAUGAUGAAAGUGCACAUACCCUUCACGUUCAAGCUUGUGGAAUCAUCAAAAUCAUCAUAUGCUGACGUGCAGUGCUCCGUGUCGAGCCAGGUGCCCUACACGCUGCUGGCGCUGUGGGGCGUCUCCAUCCGGGAGCUGCACUUGUUCCUGUGGCGGCCCUGGAGCGCCGUGCGCGAGGCGGCGCGACGCGGCCAACUGCUGCACGGCCACUACCAGCAGGCCGGCACCGUCCUGCACUCCUCGACGGGCCACGGCGAGCGCUGCGUGUCCCUGAGCCUGCCGCGGCCCUGCAGCCCGGCGGCGCAGGGCGGGCAGGGCGGGCAGGGCAGGCCGUCGUCCGUGCUGGACCUGGGCACGCCGCCGCGCCUCUGCUACCCGCUCGUCGUGUUCCUGGUGCGCGACGACGACCCCGACGACGGCCAGGGCGGCGAGCUGCACCCGGACGAGUCGGUGGCCCUGGUGAACGUGGUGCACAUCAAGGACUCCGUGUGCACGCUGCCCACCAGCAUCCUGGCGCAGUACCUCAAGCAGGCCAACGGCCAGCUGUCGUGUCUCAAGCAACUGUACCUGGCCACGGGCAACGCCAUGACGUCCUACGACGACGAGACGAGCCCCCUGGACACGGCGUUCUGCCCCAACGGCCUGACGCCACUGGGACUCGCCGGCCACGGACUGAACGCCAACGGCGGCAACGGCUGCGCCAACGGCGUGCGCGCCGCGCUGCUCUGCGAGGAGCAGCUCUGCGUCGUCUGCCAGUUCUACCCGCUGUCCAGGGCGCUGCUGCCCUGCAGGCACACCUGCGUGUGCGCCGGCUGCUUCAACAGGUUGGACAGGUGUCCAAUGUGCCGCAGCCCCAUCAAGAGUUACUUUUGCAUACGAGGGGAGGACUACAUGCCAUUGGAGCCUGGCAACUCGACCAAAGCAGGCCCGCCUACCCCACUAGCGCAAUGGCUGCAGGACUGGAACGACCGUUUGACAGACUUUCUCGGCUUCCACCGGUAGUGCUGUGCCAGUAUUUGCUGUACAAAUUGGGCUCUUCUUUCGUCGCACUGAGGCUGCCAUUUGGUCCACCACAAGAAUGUUGGUUUUGAGUCGGUCACUCAUAAACUUCACUCACCAUCUCAUACUUGUGUGCCAACUGGAUUGGUAAUUUAUGUUGUUAAAAAAAAUCACUUGGGCCUUGUGCGAAAUGAGAAAUGGUAAAGACUGAUGAAGCUCUGGUACCAGAGCUGAUAUUUGAGCUGUCCUUUUACAGGAGUGACAUUAUACAACUGAUUCGAUGUGUAGCAAGUACUGGUGCCUUGAUUGUUGUUUUCGUUUUUUGUUUUGUUUUGUUUAUUAGCAUUCUGCAAUACGACAAACUGGAUUAAGACCUGUAAAGUAUGGAAUUACUAGUCCAUUUUUACCCAGUGUUCAUUUUCAUGGCCUGUCUUCUAACUCUCAACUGUUCUUUAAUGAAGCACAGGCUGUGAAUCUUAAAGUUUGACAAUGUUUCAAUCUAAUGUUUUGAUGUCUAAAUUUUUUCACUUCAUUUUUUUGCUCUGCUAACUUUGUGGAUAAAAAUGUUUUCAUCCUGCCAACUGUUCUAAAAAUUUGGUUCUUUAAUUAAUUAUGUAAACCAAUUGUGGCUAUUGCCUCUCAUAAAAGACAGUAAUUAAAUUUUCAAAUCUUCCAGAAUAUAAAUUCAGUCUUAGUAUUUUAGUUUUAUUUUUGACUAUAGUAUGUUGGAUUGACGUUCCUCCCUCUGACUUAGUGUCCUGGUUUUGUGAUCGUUACAUGUACAGAGGCUGAAAUCAUGCCCAAUGUGUAAAUUAAGAUACCCUAGUGAAAGAGGUGUCUUAUGAUUAACCGAAACGAGAUUAAAAGCUGUAUUCAGUGCCUGAUAAUUAUCUACAUCUGUGGGCCUUUGGUUUCAUGUAUUGAAGCUUUUCUUUUUAAAAUUGUGUCUUUAAGUAUCAAACUUUACUUGUCUUGACAAAUAAACUCUUGAUGCCUUUUAUAUUGCAUGGGCAUUGUACAUAUUGAUCGCCCACCCAGUGUUGUCCUGUUAGAGUAGUCAUAUCAUUCUUGAUUUUCACCAGUGAUAAAAUAUAGUCUUAGAGCAUUAUGCAAAAUUCAUUAUCAUUUUGUUUAAUCCAUCAAAACCUGUUGCACUCUGUGGAUAGAUUGAAUAAUUUGCAGUGUGUAACAAAUUUAAAUUGGUUUAUGUUAGUGUUAUCUAUGAUGCUUCAUAUUCUUUGUAACAAAUAAGACUACAGAGGAUAUUAUUGCAUUGCACCAUUUAUUGUUAAUAAGUUAUAAUAACUCAUUUUGUAAGUAGCACAACUUGUAAAUUAUAUUGUAAGGAUUUUCUUCUCGUUCUGAAAUUUUAACAUAUUAUUUUUAAAUAGUCUGUGAUAAUGUUAGAAACUUGUACAGAAGAUUCAUAUUUAUUGUUUGUUGUUUCAUGUUAGAAUCAUUUGAAAAAACACAAGAGGAGUGCUAUUUAGAUAUCUUAUCAUUGCUUUGCAUAUGGUAGGGUAAGAACUCCUUAAUUGCCAGUUUUCUAAUGAAAUUCAGAUUAAUCCUCGCACUGAAAUUUGUCCAUGGUACGUAAAUAUUUGUGACAGAUACGCUAAAGACAAAUAUAUUAUAUGUCUAUUUA